AUUCAAACCAAAAUCUCUUCCAAAAAAAAAAAAUAACAGAGCAAUUUUAGUUUCACAAAAAUGGAGAAUGGUACAAAAAGAGAAGGUUUAGGGAAACUUACAGUUUCAUCUUCUCUACAAGUUGAACAGCCUUUAGCACCAUCAAAGCUAUGGAAAAUUAUAGUUGUAGCUUCCAUAGCUGCUGGUGUUCAAUUUGGUUGGGCUCUUCAGCUCUCUUUGCUUACACCUUAUGUUCAAUUGCUCGGAAUUCCUCAUAAAUUUGCCUCUUUUAUUUGGCUUUGUGGACCGAUUUCUGGUAUGAUUGUUCAGCCAGUUGUCGGUUACUACAGUGAUAAUUGCUCCUCCCGUUUCGGUCGCCGCCGGCCAUUCAUUGCCGCCGGAGCUGCACUUGUUAUGAUUGCGGUUUUCCUCAUCGGAUUCGCCGCCGACCUUGGUCAUGCCUCCGGUGACACUCUCGGAAAAGGACUUAAGCCACGUGCCAUUGCCGUUUUCGUCGUCGGCUUUUGGAUCCUUGAUGUUGCUAACAACAUGUUACAGGGCCCAUGCAGAGCACUACUGGCUGAUCUCUCCGGCGGAAAAUCCGGCAGGAUGAGAACAGCAAAUGCUUUUUUCUCAUUCUUCAUGGCCGUCGGAAACAUUCUGGGGUACGCCGCCGGUUCAUAUUCUCACCUCUUUAAAGUAUUCCCCUUCUCAAAAACCAAAGCCUGCGACAUGUACUGCGCAAAUCUGAAGAGUUGUUUCUUCAUCGCUAUAUUCCUUUUACUCAGCUUAACAACCAUAGCCUUAACCUUAGUCCGGGAAAACGAGCUCCCGGAGAAAGACGAGCAAGAAAUCGACGAGAAAUUAGCCGGCGCCGGAAAAUCGAAAGUACCGUUUUUCGGUGAAAUUUUUGGGGCUUUGAAAGAUUUACCUCGACCGAUGUGGAUUCUUCUAUUAGUAACCUGUUUGAACUGGAUCGCGUGGUUUCCCUUUUUCUUAUACGAUACAGAUUGGAUGGCUAAGGAGGUUUUCGGUGGACAAGUCGGUGAUGCGAAGUUGUACGAUUUGGGUGUACGCGCUGGUGCAAUGGGAUUACUGUUGCAAUCUGUGGUUCUAGGGUUUAUGUCACUUGGGGUUGAAUUCUUAGGGAAGAAGAUUGGUGGUGCUAAGAGGUUAUGGGGAAUUUUGAACUUUGUUUUGGCUAUUUGCUUGGCCUUGACCAUUUUGGUCACCAAAAUGGCCGAGAAAUCUCGCCAGCACGACGCCGCCGGCACACUUAUGGGGCCGACGCCUGGUGUUAAAAUCGGUGCCUUGCUUCUCUUUGCCGCCCUUGGUAUUCCUCUUGCGGCAACUUUUAGUAUUCCAUUUGCUUUGGCAUCUAUAUUUUCUAGUAAUGCUGGUUCAGGACAAGGUUUGUCACUAGGAGUGCUCAAUCUUGCAAUUGUUGUACCACAGAUGUUGGUGUCACUAGUAGGAGGGCCAUGGGAUGAUUUGUUUGGAGGAGGAAACUUGCCUGGAUUUGUAGUUGGAGCAGUUGCAGCUGCCGCGAGCGGUGUUUUAGCACUCACAAUGUUGCCAUCUCCACCUGCUGAUGCUAAGCCAGCAGUCGCCAUGGGCGGUUUCCAUUAAAUAAUUACAAAAGACGAAGAAGAAGAAGAAAAAGGAGAAGAAACAACUUUUUUUUUUAUAUUAGUACUUCUCUUUUGUAAACUUUUUUUAUUUUAGAAAACAAACAUAGCAUGGAGGCUAUCUUUACAAGUGGCAUGUCCAUGUAUCUUGCUUUUUUCAUAAAGCUCUUUAGUGGAAGAAGAAUUAGAGGAAGUUUCCUUUUAAUUUCUUCCAAACAAAUGGGGUAUGUGUAGUUGUUUUCACUUUGUGUGUAACAAGAAAGUUGUCCAGUAUUAGCAUGUCUGGGCAAAUGCUUUGUACCUU